AUGACGGCGAGUCAAACCGCCCAAGAACCGGGGCUUUGGGGCAGAUCCCACAAUUCUGCGUUCGAAGGCGAUAACCCCACCGAACGAACAGCUCUACUUUCCGCAGCUAGUGAUGGGCUAUCCAGCCAUGGGGCUGUAUCGGACGACACAGCAACAGACGAAGAUCCUUACGAUGGAGAGAUCGACCCAAACGAGUUUGACAAUCUCGUGUCCAGAUCCGAGUCCAUAACUACCGGCCUUGGACUGGAACCCGAAUCACAGGCAACGGCGAUGCUUCGAGGACCUCGAAGAUACAGCCUAUCAAGAUCACGGAGACGAGACCGAAGCCAUGCUAGUAGCCGGCGAAAAUCCUUCACAAGCACGAUAGGGAGCAAUCAGGAAGCUAUAGAAGAAGACGACGAUGAAGGAGAAGCCGAGGUGGAAUCGAAGUCGCCAUUCCUUGCAGGUCUCAGCGUUGCUCGAUUCUGGGUGAUAUUCGCCGGCGUUCUCACUACGUAUUUCGUAGCCUGUUUUGACUCGACAAUCAUGGUUUCCAGCCAUCCGAUCAUCACAUCCCAUUUCCACAGCUCCAAUAGCGCAUCCUGGCUAUCGACAGCAUUCCUGUUGACUUCGACGGCUUUUCAGCCCCUCUUCGGACGCCUCUCAGAUACCAUUGGCAGGAAACCACCAUACGUACUCUCUCUAGCUGUUUUCCUAGGAGCAACGAUAUGGUGUGCUCUCGCGCAGUCCAUGCUCUCCUUCAUCAUGGCUCGAGCGAUGUGCGGCUUUGGUGCUGGUGGGAUGAUUACCCUAGGCUCGAUCAUCACCAGCGAUAUUGUGCCGAUUGAGAUCCGCGGGACGUAUCAGUCGUACAUAAACAUCAUCUUUGGCGUCGGCUCUGCAUUAGGAGCAGCGCUGGGUGGCGCGAUUGCGGAUAAUCUUGGAUGGCGGUGGGAAUUUGGAAUCCAGCUCCCGAUUUUGACGGCGUGCUUAUGCGUCGCGAUCUUUACUGUUCCGGAUGACCUUGGUUUGGAAGCGGGUAUGCAGAAGAAGACUGUGUGGGAAGCUAUGAAGGUUUUCGAUUAUAAGGGGUCGAUUCUGCUUACGACGUCGGUUACUUUUUUGAUUCUUGGAUUGAAUCUCGGCGGCAACGUGUAUUCCUGGUCCCAUCCAUUCGUCAUAGCAUCACUCGUGAUCUUCAGCAUCGCAUUCCCGCUAUUCAUAUGGGUCGAAUCCCACGUGGAGCUUCCCAUCAUGCCCUUAAAACUCCUAAUAAAAGACCCGCGAGCCAGCCUCAUAAUUUCAAACAGCAUCGGCGCAAUAAUAAUGAACGCAAUCCUCUUCAAUAUCCCCUUAUAUUUCCAGGCCGUCUUGCUAGAAUCCGCAACUACCUCCGGACUACGCUUAAUCGUCCCAGCCAUUUCGGCAUCAACAGCCGGCACUGCAACAGGCUUCUUCAUAACGUGGUCGAAGCGGCUAAAAGCACCGUUGGUAGCUGGAGUGGUGUUUCUUUUCGUUGGGCCGGUGGCGCUUUCGUUGAUGGGGAGGAAACUGCCUGAAUGGGCGUAUGUGCUCUUACUUGUUCCAUACAGUGCAGGCGGAGGCUUCAUGUUCCCCGCUACUUUCAUGGCCGUGCUGGCCGUGUCAGAUCAAUCCGAACAGGCUGUCGUCACGAGCACCUUGAUUCUAUGGCGCUCCUUGGGGACGGUUCUCGGUGUCGCGACUGGUAGUCUUGUACUGCAGAAUGCGCUGUAUUACUAUCUUGAGCAGCUCGUUACCGGGCCAGAUAAAUACCAAGUAAUUGAAGCAGUUCGGAAAUCCAUUACCGCCAUACCUGGGUUGGGGGAACCUUACCGCGAGCAAGUCAUCGAUUCUUAUGCGGCGUCGUUGAGAGCAACAUUUAUGAUGGCUGCAGUUCUUUCGGUGAUAUCACUUUCGCUUACUUUGCAGCUGAAGCUUCCUAGGUUGGGCCAGAAGGAAAUAAGUGUUAUCAGUAGCUAA